UGUGAUUGCUGAAGAAAAUGGCCAUGCUAACACACCUCAGAAAGGACUGUUAACUGAAGACACUAGUGUAGCUUCUGGGGUACUUGAGGCAGUAUCAAAAUCUACUCUUUCACCCCAAGUAGUGCAGGUUUCAGAAGAGCAGAAUGCGGUGCCUACUCCGUUAAAAAAGUCAAGCAAGACAAAGCCACAAAUAGAUGUGAAAGCAGAGUUGGAGAAGAGACAAGGAGGAAAGCAACUGCUUAAUUUGGUGGUAAUAGGACAUGUUGAUGCAGGUAAAAGCACUUUAAUGGGUCAUCUGCUCUACCUUUUGGGAAAUGUGAACAAAAGAACUAUGCACAAAUACGAACAGGAAUCUAAGAAGGCUGGCAAAGCUUCAUUUGCCUACGCAUGGGUCUUGGAUGAAACUGGUGAAGAAAGAGAAAGGGGAGUGACAAUGGAUGUGGGUAUGACCAAAUUCGAGACAAAGACUAAAGUAAUUACGCUGAUGGAUGCUCCAGGCCACAAAGACUUCAUUCCAAAUAUGAUCACGGGAGCUGCACAGGCUGAUGUGGCUAUUUUGGUUGUGGAUGCUAGCAGGGGAGAGUUUGAAGCAGGGUUUGAGACAGGUGGACAAACUCGAGAACAUGGAUUAUUAGUACGCUCUCUGGGAGUGACACAGCUAGCUGUUGCAGUCAAUAAAAUGGACCAGGUCAAUUGGCAACAGGAGAGAUUUCAGGAAAUUACAAGUAAGCUCGGCCAAUUUCUUAAACAAGCUGGCUUUAAGGAAUCAGAUGUGGCUUAUAUCCCAACAAGUGGCCUUGGUGGUGAAAAUCUGGUCACAAGGGGUCAGUCAAGUGACCUCACACAGUGGUAUAAAGGAAAGUGUUUAGUAGAGCAAAUUGAUUCUUUCAAGCCGCCACAGAGAUCAGUGGAUAAACCAUUUAGGCUGUGUGUUGCUGAUGUUUUUAAAGAUCAAGGAUCGGGAUUUUGUGUGACUGGUAAAAUAGAAGCAGGCUAUAUUCAAGUUGGAGAACGACUUCUGGCAAUGCCUCCCAAUGAAACUUGCACUGCAAAAGGAAUCACACUGCAUGAUGAACCAGUUGAUUGGGCUGCAGCAGGAGAUCACGUUAGUCUCACUUUGACCGGCAUGGAUAUCAUCAAAAUCAAUGUUGGCUGUGUAUUUUGUGAUCCCAAGGAACCCAUUAAAGUCUGCACUCGUUUCAGAGCUCGGGUUCUCAUCUUCAAUAUUGAAGUUCCAAUCACUAAAGGAUUUCCUGUGCUCUUACACUAUCAAACAGUAAGUGAACCUGCUACUAUUAGAAGAUUGUUGAGUGUCCUGCACAAAAGUACUGGUGAAGUGACAAAGAAAAAACCUAAGUGCUUGACUAAAGGGCAGAACGCUUUAAUAGAACUACAAACUCAAAGACCUAUCGCUCUAGAGCUGUAUAAAGAUUUUAAAGAGCUUGGGAGGUUUAUGUUACGCUACAGUGGUUCCACUAUUGCUGCAGGAGUUGUCACAGAGAUCAAAGAGUGACAGUGGUGCCAGAACUUCACCGUCCAACCAAAAUGCAAUCAGAUAUCCAAACUUCUGUUUAAGAAUCCAGUUACUUCAGUUGAAGGAACAAGUGCAAUUAAUUGGUGAGAAGAUGAUGAUGAUGACAAAAAUUAAAUGGUGUGAGAUGUCUGGUAGCCCUUCAUCAGUCUCUCCCACUGCAGAAGAUGAUGCCAACUGACAAGGAACUGCUAAUGUUGCACUUCUCAAUCUGAAGAAUCAUAUGUUUCUCCAUGUGGAAUUUAACCCUUAGGGAGCUUGAUGGAAAAACCUUAGAAAGUUGAGUUAGAGGAAAAGAUGAUGAAUCAUCGUGAAACAAACUCCUUACUUCCAGACAUAAAUUGUUUACAUAUUUUCUCUGAUUAGCUUUUUUGCUGCACAUUAAUUCAGUAAAGUAAGUUUAUUGGUCUAAUAUAUUUUUAGGUUUGAGUUGAAUGCAUAUUCAGGGAAAAAAAAAGAACUUGGGUUUCAAGAGAAUGGCAUGUAGUAUUAUCCUGGGAUUGUUUUCCCUGUCCCAAAAUUUAUUUAAAAAAAGAAGUUUUCUUUUGCUGUGUAGUGGAAGCUGUGCCAACACUGGCUAAUUUUAUUUUUUAAACUGUAAGGAUAAUAAAAUAACGUCGUCUGAGCA